AUGGCCAAAGCAGCCCAAACAGAAGAUGACGCAUCCAUAAGUGCUAGACAAAAAGCCGAAGAGGAGGCACGUCGAAAAGCCUUCGAGGCACUACAAGCCAAACCCAAAAAGGAAAAACCAAAACGAAUGAGGCCCAACUGGAGGCCGGAACCCUACGGACAUCGAGUCAAACCCCAAGUCCUGUUGGAACACAAUAAACCAUCAGAAGAAGAAGGAAAUCGACAAGUCCCAGACGAUCAAAUAUUGACCGCCUAUCUCGAACCAAUCGAUCAGACCCAAUGGAAAAUCAAACCUUUGCCAAGACGAACCACCACGGCUGCCGAUUUGACCAAGGUGACCUAUCCUCAAUUGAAUUCCUGUUCGAAACUCAUGGAACAAUGGCCCGUCGAUGAAUAUUCCGAUGCGGAUCCCUACUUGCCAUGGAUUCAUGACGUCUUCCCCACAUAUGAUGGACAAUUUGUCCAAUUUGUGGCCCAAAACAAGAAUCGGUGUCAUACGGGAACGACCGACGAGGAGGAAGCCAUUCUUGAACAAAUGAGACCUCAAACGACACUGUUGGAACACGUGCCCAUUAAAAAGUUGGAACAUGGCAAAUAUCGACUUGCCUCGCACGAAGAGGCGGAUCCCGAAACCAUGGCCACUCGAUUCAUUUGCAAAUUCAAACCAUCCGGUCAUGUCACCUUUUCAGAAUUCAAUUUUGAUUACGAAUGGGUCAGUUUCCGAAAGACCCAACGGGUCAUGUUUGAUCCGGAUGGGCGGGACAUCAAGCAACUUCAUACAUCCCAAUUAUUGUUCAAAUGUCCGAUUCCACCCGAACUCCAAGAAACUAUCAAGUCGGGAGACUCGGUAGUCGACGAUUGGGCUACAAUCUUUGUGGAUGUCAUUCCCAUUCGGACCGAACCACGUUAUGGUCAUCCUGGUGAAUUUCUAGUACCAAAAUAUUCCAAGGAAGCCACGGCCCAUACCCACCUUAAUUUCUACAAUACUACCUACCAUUGGGGAGACAAUCACAUCCUUCCAGAACUGCAAGACUCGGGACGAUGGGCCAACAUUCCAAUCUGCAAACCAUCGCUCAUGGAAUACGAACCACAAGGACACGAACAAUUAGAGGCACCCAAGUAUCGUGGUGAGGAUGGUACCCCCAAGAAUCAUCAUUUGGUAUCCUGUUUGUGGGCCAGUGCGGGAUACACGACACGGGGACAUCGGUUUGCCAUUAACGAUGGACAGCGACGUUUAUUGGAAUGGAUUACCUUUAACAAAAUGUUGGGAUGGGAUCACUUUUAUAUCUAUGACAAUACUGCCGCUUUUACCAACGAAACUUCCUUGCAACCCAUUGCCGACAUGUUUCCAAACGAUGUGACGAUACUCAAAUGGCCCAGCCGAGUUUGCAACAACAAUCCCAACAAUGUAGAUUCGCCAGGAGAACGAUCCUCCCAAUACGCGGCAGAAGCCUCGUGUCGAUUGCGAUUUGGUCCCCAUGUCAAUUGGAUUGGGCAAUUUGAUAUCGAUGAAUACAUGGUGCCCAUGGGAGAAUACAAUAGCAUGCUGCCUCUCUUGGAAAAGCUCGAUUCCGAAAAUAAAAAGAUCAUUUCCAUGGCCAGUUGGAGAGCCUGGCCUCGGGCGACUCACAUCAACCCGAUUGUACCAAUCAAGGACAACAAGUAUUGUGGAACGGGCCAUCAAUGUUUUGAUUUGAGUAUUCAAUCCAACACGAGCAUGCUAGAAGCCUACAAUUGCGAUCGCAACAAGCCCGGUCAAAAGACGACAGUCAUGCCAGCGGAGAAACAAAUAUACCGAGCCGACUAUGUGAAACAGCACUUUGUCCAUUACAGUACAGUGACAGAGUCAACCUUAUUGCCCACUGAAGAAUUCAAAGAAAAGUUUGGUCAUAGGCGGCAGGCUCCGGAUCCGCUUUCUAGAUUUGGGGAUGAAGUCACAGAAGGACUCAUGAUUCAUAGCAAAGCGGUGGCUCAUCAAGACACGGCUGGAUGGCUACGAAAUUGUCACAAGGACGCCCACCCGUUCAGUCUGUGCCGUUUGGGGUACCCAUAUCCAAAGGGAGGAGACCAAGAUACGGGACCGCAAUGGAACGAGGACGGAUGGAAAUACAAUUGUUUUGUGAAUGAAAAGGUUGAUAACUACUGGGCCCCACUCCUGAAGGAGAACUUGAUAAAGCAAGGAUUCUUUGGGCAAUAA